CGGAGAAGACGUCUCUUAAUUUGGCUACGCAAGGGACAUCUCUUAUGAGACAGCUGUCGCAUUCUUCUUCGUCCUUGCCUCUGAGCCGCGGUUAUCUCUGCAACAACAACAAAGCUGAGUCUUCUUCUUCCACCAUUCUCCUCCUCUUCGACCAAUCUCGCUUCUGCAGCAAUCCUCCUACGGCUUCAUCUCAAAGCGACACCGUCUGUUGCUUCAUGUUGAAUGAAAUCCUAAUUUCGAGGGCACUGGUUUCAUCACUGUUACUUUGGAUGUGGAGAUUGUUCCUCCAGAGAACUCAGUGCUCCAUACCGCAGCGGAAAUGUCAAGAAGAGUGAAAGUAAUGUUGUAAGAACCUUGCAAUGGAGCAAUUAAAUGUUGGGGUUUCUUAAAUUUGUCUCUUAUGUCACUUUUUGUACUUAAAAGCAUUAAAAAAUAAUAAGAACUUCUAAUACGGGUCUUUGCAAUAAUCAUGCUCUAAGGGUGCGGCAGUGUUACAAAAAGGGAAGAAGAUAUGAGGUGCGGCCCACAUUAAAAUAAGGUUGAUGUGACAUUUUCUUUUUGUCAAGACAAGUUUUACAAAAAAAAUUGUAUUUUAGACAAUAAAAUAGUAUUUUUACUUUAAAAUUAAAACCGCAUCUUUGCAUAGAUACAUUCAUACAUACACAAAUUAGGUUUUUUUUUUCUCGGACCUCGUCGCUGCAAAACUAUGAAGUUAAGGGUAAAAGAGAUGAACAGAGGAAGAAGGAAUCUGAAACAAGCAGCUUCGGAGCAGGAUUUUAGGCUUAAGCAAUGUCAGAAUAUUGCCAAGAUAAUGGAUACAAAAAGAGAUAACUCAUCAACAUUGUUUAAACGGAAGAAAAGAAGAGCUAAUCGCGCUUAUAACUUGUUGGUCAUGGGCUGUUAUCUGGGUCUACCUCUAAGAACAAAAAGAAGAAGAAGAUAUAUGUCCGAGAUUCCUCUCGAUCUUUUGGUCGAAAUUCUCAUCAGACUGCCGGGAAAGUACUUGGCAAGGUUCAAGUGCGUCUCAAAGCAGUGGUCAUCACUCAUCUCUUCUCGAUAUUUUUGUGACAGUCUCACACGAUCAAAACAACAACAACAAGAACCACGUCUAUACAUGUGUUUGGUGGAUGAAGGCGGGCAUCGUGCACUGCUGUCUAUGGCAUCAACGUCUCCAGACAACACUAGUUUUGUGGUCGACCAAGAUUUGAGCAUCCCAGGAAUGGGAGGCUACUACUUGAAUGAUCUCCACGGCUUGAUGUGUUUCUCAAUGGGGAAAAAAGCUUGUAUAUACAACCCCAGCACCGGACAGCGUUUGACCUUACCCAAGAUAAAGCCCGACAUCAUAGCCGAACAAGGUCAAACUAUGUAUGUUAAGCGGCACUAUAUCGGAUACGACCCUAUUGAUAGUCAACACAAACUACUAUGCACAAUUGUUAUGUACUCGGACCGUUUGUUUAAUCUGAAGACAGAGCACUGGGUGUUCGUCCUAGAAACUGGAGGUUCCUGGAAAAAGGUUGUUUCGCAUGAGAAUUAUCGUCCUCAUACCGCUUUCGCACGAGGACAGUCUAUCAGCGGAUCAGUAGUACAUUAUCUGGCGUGGCAUGAUAUGUACACUUGCGCGAUUGUGAGAUUUGACGUUAGGUCUGAAGAGUUAACUACCAUCAUAGUACCUGAGGAUGUCAGGGAUGAUAUGUCCAUUCCUGCACUUGAGAUGAGGGCAGAACUUAUAGAGUAUGGUGGAAAAAUAGCUAUUUUUGAACAUAGCAACCUAAGAACUGAGGGUACUGCGGUACUAUGGGUAUUGGAAGAUGCUGAGAAAAAGGAAUGGUCGACAAGGAGCCUUGUUUUGCAGCCUUGUCAGAGGCAUUUAGUCCAAGAUAUUGAGUUGAUUGUAAAAGGCACAACUCAGGACGGCAAAGUUAUUUUGGCACCUUUGGAGAUGCAUUCUGGAUUCUACAUUUUGUAUUAUGAUUUGCAAAGCAAUGACUUGAGUAAGGUUGGAAUCCAAGGCAUACCACACCGUUGGUUUGACAAAGAUUGCUAUUUUGACUUGAGGUUGAUGAAUGAAAGUGAGAGGGUCAUCUACUUGGAAACUUGAGCACUAGGUUUUUUACAAUGUAUUUUUGUUUUGAUUUAAUUUUUUGCAUUAGAAUAAAUGUAACUACUA